AUGGAAGCAAAGAGAGAUUUGACUCCACUUUAUGCGAUUCUUCAAGGAAAAGAAACAGAGGCCGUUGAACCUGCAAGAUCGCAAUCUCUUGGCGAAGUUUUUGAUCAUGUGAUGCAUUGCAGUAGCUGUUGCCGACCAAUUCUCGAUAGAUAUGUUUUUCAAGUGGGCCCAUACCAAUCUUAUCAUCAGCAUUGUCUCAAAUGUUUGGACUGCGGUCUGCAGCUCACUGAAAAAUGCUUCUUCAAAGACGACCAUCUCUUAUGUCGAACGGAUUUUUACAAGAGAUAUGGGAACAAAUGUGCCGCAUGUAACGAAGGAAUUGAGCCAUCAGAAGUGAUAAGAAAAGCGGGCGACCAUUCAUAUCAUCUUGAAUGUUUUCAUUGUGCUGUGUGCGAUCGUCGAUUCGAAACAGGCGAUCACUUCUUCCUUCUUGAAGACAAGCGACUAGUCUGCAAAGAAGAUUACGAGGACGCAAAAAUGAGAGAAGGACAAGACGACGGAAAUAUUAAAAGGCCACGCACAACGAUCACUGCCAAGCAACUGGACGUGCUAAAACAAGCAUACCAACAAUCAAGUAAACCUGCAAGACAUGUUCGCGAAUCGCUAAGCACGGAAACAGGACUGGACAUGCGAGUAGUGCAAGUUUGGUUUCAGAACAGACGUGCCAAAGAAAAAAGAUUGAAGAAAGAAGCAGGAAGACAGAGAAACUGGAACAAUACUCCGAAAACUCAAAGAGCAGAAGAACCACUGUCACCAGCAGACUCUCUUGAUCAAACAAUAAUAUCGCCAAAUAUUUCCUUCAGUCCAGAAACAAGCGGAUACGACAUGUACGAGUCCUAUUCGACUGGUUACGAGAACACGCAUCCUGAAGAUUGCUAUGACCCUAACGUAACCUGGAACGAGUUCAAAAUAUAA